GCGAGGAGCCGCGCCGGGCCUGGGUUCCUUCUUUUCGGAGGCGCGGUCCACCUAAGGAGCUGCCCGAUCGCUGGGAAGCUGGGGUUGAAAGACGGGGCGGCGGGCAACCAGAUCUUGCAGUGACAGACCCUUAUCGCCGCUCCGCUCGAAACAGAGAGUCGCCUCGGAAGCCUCGCCCGGCAUCUCUUCGCUCGCCUCGAUCGACAUGGAUCUAGACAGGCUGCUUCUGGACGAGGAGGGCGCUUUCUCCCUGAGCGGCUUCCAGGAGUUCACGUUCCUUCCCAAGCAUCAGCAGUUGAGUGAUCGUGUACGUAAACGACUUUACUAUGGCUGGGAUAAAGACAGUGCCCUUGAUAAUCUCUCAAGUCCAGUUGCAGAUAUUGCUGUUGAAUUAUUUCAGAAAGCUGCUCCUAGUCCAAUUAGGAGACUUCAAAAGAAAUACGUUUCUCAUGUCUCCCGGGAGGCUUGUAUUUCUCCCUGCUCCAUGAUGUUGGCCUUGGUUUACAUCGAGCGACUUCGGCACCGUAAUCCUGAAUACCUACAGCAGAUCUCAUCCUCCGACCUUUUCUUGAUUUCCAUGAUGGUUGCCAGCAAGUACCUUUAUGAUGAAGGAGAAGAGGAAGAGGUAUUCAAUGAUGAAUGGGGUGCUGCAGGAAAGAUGGACGUACAGACUAUGAACAUGCUGGAGAUGAAUUUCCUCCGUGCCAUUGACUGGAGUCUUUUUACAGAUCUCAAGGAGUUUUUUGAAGUGCUCAGCUGGCUGGAAGGACGUGUGGCUGAGAAGCAGGGUGUUAGACGUGGCUGGUUCACCUACACUGAUCUCUGUGUUCUAAUGGAACAAACUUUGUGGCAGCAGGCUUUGGGUCAAUUCUACCAGCAGGUAGCCAAGCUAGCCUGCAUUCUUGGUGUGGUGUAUCUGACAGGUGUUGCUGCUGUAUUUGCUUCAGCUGCAGUGAUACAUCACACUGUCCAUGUGAAAAGGUCUGGUCCUACUGCUGUUAGCAGCACCAGAGAUGCUCUGGUUUCAUGUCUGCCUCUUUCCUCUUCAGCCCAGAAUAUGGAUUACAAACAAGAGCUACUAUAUUGUCUUUCAUGGCCCAGAGUGGAGAACCAAACCUUUCAAGGUGAAAAGCAGCAAAGCGGAAUCAGUGGGGUUUCAGUUACAGUGCUGUAUCUCUGGGGCAAAGUCCUUAAGGCAUUAUCUUAUUCACCAGCCCGCAUCAGCUCUUCACUUUAUCCACACUGCCAUCAGCCCACUUCCUGCAUGACAGCCAACCACACAGCUUGCGCCCGUUUUGCUCAACAGUCAACUCGCUUUGGACUUCCCUGUUGCUCCAGCAGCUGGUGCUGGGACAGACCCCUUCAUUUGUCUCCUAAUUGCAAAGACUGGCCGGAACCUCUAGCAUUGCAGCAGUGUCCUUGGCAGGCUUCCUUAGAGCUUGGCAGGUUCAAAACUUUUAUGUUUCCUAGUUAAGGUUGGAAAGAAGGACCUAGCUUAGAUGUAGGGGGUGAACACCUUGAUAAGAAAUGUUUUGGUGCAUCAGAGUCAUAGGAUACAAGGCAGGAAAAGCCAGAGAUGGAAACGAAGCGCUUGAUACACUGUAUUGCUGCAGAUAUUAACUCACUCACCUUUUAAAUUUUGACUUCAAUAUCUUUCUCCCAAAUUGACAGUGAUGCUUAAAAAGCUUUAAGGAGUUUAUUGGAAGAAUGCAUCUCGUCUGAAGUGUUGAGACUGGAACAGGGAGCGCAAAGUCUAAUAAACCCUUCUUCCAUUUCAUAUAAGCCAGUUGCACUGAAGGCUGGUGUGAGUACUUCCUUGCUAAAUUGGGUGAGGACACUAAUAUCACGAUUGCUUGCAACAGGCACCAUCGAUCCUCCCAGCUUAGCUGUACUUGUGGAGCAAUUUGCUAGGUAGACUUUUGCGUAAGUUCUAUGGGAUCUCGCUACUAUGGUGGCGAAUAGCAGCAGCUCUACACAAUUUAGGUUAGCAGUGAUUGUUACAUAAUUAAGUAUGUAAAGUCAUUACUUGUGUUCUCUGCCUGUGUUUUACCCGUUGUUUUCCUAAAAGCCAUGCAGGUCUUGCCUGGGAUUCUCUUGUGCUAUUACAUGGGGAUGAAGGUAGGGUGGGAUGCCACUUGCUGAGGGAAGGCUCAGUACCAUUAAUUAGGGUACAGAAGAUUAAGGAUAGUUUGGAAUACCUGGUCUUAUUUAUGAGUGCUUGACUGCCUCCUUCAUUUUUUGUGACAGAAGCGGGUAGAAGGGUGGCAGCUUUUUCUUAUGCCUGCCUUUUGUAAGCAGAUUGCCUCCAGAUAUGUUGGAUUACUACUUUCUGUGAUCCCCAGUUAGCAUGGCCAAUGGCUGGGGGGAGUGAUAAUUCAAACUCUCUGAGGUUAAGAAGUAAGAAAGGCUGUCCUACCCCAAUUUCUUCCAACACUUUCCUGCUGUAGUUUUCCACUGUAAUUUGUAGAUGGGAUCUCUUCUAAUAAAGGUAUUUGUGUGUUCUUU